GGAUUAAAGACCAAUCUGAUUUCAAAAAAUUAUUAUCCACAUUAAUCAAAAAGAUUGAAGAACAAAUUAAAAAAGAAAUUAAAUUUCCCAACGAAAAAAUAAUGAGAAACUUUGAAUACCACAAUAGCAGUAAACGAAAAGAAGUUGUGAAGAAACUUGAGCUUAUGAGGAAUUUAAAAAUUGAGAAAGAAAUAAAUUCUAAAAGAUUGGUUGGGAUUAAGAAAGUGAAUAAAAGUCGAAGUGAUGAUAUGUGGAGGGAAUAG